CAAAGGAAAAGCAUUAUGGCUCUCAGGCUUAGCAGGCUGCUGCGGCAGCCCCGGUGGGUUGAUUCUGCCUGUCAUGAGUGUCGCUAUUUCAGCACCUCCUCGGCCAUCCUCUCCGGUCACAACAAAUGGUCCACAAUUAAGCAUGACAAGGCCAAAAACGACAAGGCCAAGAGCAGGGAGCGCCAAAUAAUGGGAAAAGAGAUUGCCAGUGCAACUCAGAUGUGGGGACCCGACACGAAGUACAAUCCUCGUCUAGCCCUCGCGCUGUCGAAUGCGAAACGAGCCUCCAUCCCGAAAAUCAUCAUCGAAGCAGCAAUUGCUCGCGGACAAGGACUUAGUGUCUCGGGCCAGGCACUAGAAUCCGUAACAAUUGAGGCCAUGCUGCCUGGUUCAGUGGCUGCGGUUGUGGAGUGUCAAACGGACCAGAAGGCGCGCGUGCUACAGGACGUUCGCUAUAUGAUUAAAGACAAAGGAGGAAUCGUCACCCCGACUACAUUCCUCUUUGAGAGGAAGGGUAGGGUUGUUAUGGAGAAGAAAGAUGAUGCAAAUGUAGACGACUACUUGGACCAGGCAAUCGAAGCAGGAGCGGCGGAUAUCACCACCGAUGACAAGGGUCGCCUCGUGGUCUUGACCGAUCCGUCAGAGACGAAAACUGUUGGCGAGACAUUUGCGAAACUAUCUGGUCUCAGUAUCGAGGAAUUGGAGAUCUUCUGGGAUCCCAACAGGGAUACCAUGGUCGAGGUACAGGACGAGGAACAAGUGAAAGAUCUUGAGGACCUCUUGAGUGCUCUGCGGGAAGACCCCAGUGUUCAAGAUAUAUAUCUGAACUCGGUGGAGAAGUUCUGA